UCAAGAAUCAUUUGAACUAACAGUGUUUCUAAAACCAUCCUUCUGCACUCGACGUCCCUUCCAGCAGCUUGGAUGUCCUGUCACCGUCGUAGCUGCUCUACCGUCAGCAGACAGGCAGCCUCUUAGUACCGCAUAGUCCAGUUUCUCCCUUAGGUGUUUCUCAAUUCAGCCCGAUGGACAAUACAGAUGAACUCAAAUUCCAAGAUUUUGAAGAGGUAUCCAACCUGCUGUCCUUCGACCCGAAUGCCCCCACCGUGGCGGUCUCAGACUCCCUGGCCUCCCUCUCAGGGGAGGAGGAUGUCAAACUGGACUUAAACGAGGACGAGGAGGGUCUCGAGAAUUCAAAGCUCUUAGGGGAGACCCCAACUGGAGGCUUCUGGACGUUUGACUACUACCAAUCCUUCUUCAAUGUGGAAACAGCACAGGUUAUGGACAGAUUGAAAGGCUCCGUUAUGCCAAUACCAGGAAGGAACUUCGUCAAACACUACCUAAGGAACAAACCAGAUCUAUAUGGUCCAUUCUGGAUCUGUGUGACACUGGUCUUCUCAGUUGCUAUCAGUGGCAACCUCUCUACAUUCCUCAGCCAAUUUGGAGACCAGACGUAUCACUACAGACCUCAAUUCCACAGAGUAACCAUAGCAGCGAUAGUCAUCUUCAUGUACGCCUCGUUGGUGCCCCUGUGCGCUUGGGGGUUCCUGACGUGGCGGAGAGGCCCUGAGGGCCAAAUGGGAUGCUACACCUUCCUGGAGACCGUGUGUGUUUAUGGCUACUCCCUGUUCAUCUUCAUCCCUACCUCUCUCCUCUGGAUCAUCCCCCUGGAGUGGUUGCGCUGGCUCCUGAUCCUGGUGUCCACCGUGGUCUCGGGCUCCGUGUUGGUCUUCACCUUCUUGCCCGUCGUGCGUGACCACACCAAGGUGACGGCGGCCACGACUCUGCUGACCAUCUUGGUUCUGCACUCGCUGCUGGCCAUCGGCUGCAAAAUGUACUUCUUUCAUACAGCAGUUCACAUGCCAACACCCGCGCCCACAACGCUGCCUAUGAUGACAACCCAAGUGACCCAGGCACACUGAGUGGGCCUCUCUAGUUCUCCCUGCUAUGUGAUCAGCUACUGGUGAUAAACUGUGACUUUGACUCAUCACUUAAGUUUUAUUGUAUUUAUUUUUUUCAUUCUGGUACAUUGCAUGAAUCUAGAUUUGAAUCGACGCAACAUUGUGGUGCAAUUCGUCCUUCCUUUCUAGCACCUUAACAAAAUGCAUAAACAAGACCGCUAUCCUUGUUGCUUUGCAUUCAGCAGAAACCUAUGCAAAGGCAACAAUAUUCCACUUAAGGGGCAUGGCACUUCACUGACGAAAAGGCAAUGUACCAGACAAUGAAAAUACCAUAACUUCUUUCAAGGUGUGUAAUAAGUUAGACAUUCAAAAUUACUUCACACCGGAGGGAAAUCCACAAAUUCAUUUUUUACAGGGACAUCUAAAUUUUAUUAUUUUCAUAAUGAGUGUAAAUAAACAGAUUAUGAUUCAGUGAAUCCUUGAUGGUUCACCUACUGGUAAGGGCUGUUCUUUGUUUUGGUCAUCAUAAAAACAAAAUACCUGUCAAUCAAUGCCAACUAUUGCACUCCCAUUUCUGUUGCCUACAAAUAACCCGGUCACUGCUUAAUAAAAACACUGUUGGUUGAAAGAUGUAAAAAUUGCAUGCACCUUUCUUCCCAAGUUUCUGUGACUUACCUUUGCCAUCUUCACUUAGGAUAGUCGGCAUGCCCACUGUUUGAGGGUGUUUAGUAUACCAUGACGAGAUAAUGUUCCAUUGUUUGCCACCUGGACCUAUACAAUGUUAUACCCUGAAAAUGGGUAAGCCUACAGCCUCUUGGUAAGCCACAGGAUGUUCUCCCACCAGCGCAAGACAUCAGGGUAGAUACAGGACGGAUUGGUCCAAGACGAUGAAUGUAAGCUACGCUAAAAACGGUCACUUAUUCCUCAGCUUAACCUUUGGCAUCGGCAGCCCUUCGGCCAAUGGUGUCCUAUCCACCCGUCUAAAAUAACCGUUAUGUGCAUUUUGUGAGGGAAGGAUUUGCCCGCUCAGUUUACUGAAUAGUUUGAGUAUGUGUGUGAGUUGUCUAAACUACUUGUUUGGACGUAUGGGGCAUGUCAAUGAAAAAACACUCAACAUCGUGAGUGUGUGGUUAUCCAUUAUAGUCUAUAAUACAAAAUAAAAGGUUUAGACCCCAACAACAAUAUUAAAGCUUCCUGGCUGAAUCAGCAAUUAUCAGAUUUGUAAAAAAGUAAAGAAACAAAAAAACACCAGCAUGGGCCCUUUCAUGUGAAUAGUCGUGUUCCCCACCACACAUCCAUGAGAUUAGAGUAAUUUCAUGUACCUGAGAAAUAAAUUGAUGAAAGGCUUCAACAGACAUCAAGGCAUCUUUCAAAUUGUAGGAAGCCCCUUUUUAACACCAUUAAUUCCCCAUUCCCCUCCCUCCCCAAAAACUUCCCUAAAAUCAGCAGAGGGACGGCCAAGGAAACCCAAACUAUUACGAACAUGCUCGGGCUAACGAAGCUAACGUUGCCCCUGGACUCGGCCAGCUACUGCGCCCGCCCAAUAUGAGCUGAUUCAAGAGUAGCCAGUUCUCAACUGGAAAAAUAAUAAUACCCUUAACCCUUAAUACCAAAUGGCCGCCAUGGUAAACAAUGGUAUUUAGAGACAGCCAUCGUUGCCUAUGGUAGAGGACAGUUAACAAAAAAGGCUAUUUAUGGGCUGACAGAAACACAGACUCAACAAAAUGUCAGACAAUGAUCUUCCUCAUUCACUUUUCAUAAUAAAAGUGGAUACCACUAUCUUCUACACAGAGCAAUAUAAGAAACAUGGGCAUGAGUGCCAAUAGAGUUGCCAUUACAUGAUAAGCAUUUGGAUAUGUUCAUGAUUUCUAUUCAACAAACUAUGAAACAAAAUUUUUAGUAGGUCUACAGCAAGACUUGGAUCCAGAUGGGUGUAUGACACUUUUCCAUUUUUUUUUUUAACUUUGCUUGUUAAUGAAAGAAAACCAGAUAAUGGUCAAACGUUUGGAAGCAAUGUAUAAAUCUCUCUUCCGCCGCAAUAUAGAACCAAACACUAACACCGGACCUCAGGGACAGCGACACCUCUGGUGAAACAGGAUAUUGCAUCCAUCGUUUCCGAUUGGCCCAAAUUGGUGGCGAGUGACGUCAUCACCCUGUAUUGCAAAUUAGAGACGGAGCAACUGCAUUAGCGGUGCUUGGGGCUGGGCCAGUGUUUUGAUGCUAGUGUUUGGUACUUAAGAAGU